AUGGCGCUGCAAUUUUUCAACGAACAAGUCGAGAUCUAUCCUGUCUGGCUAUGCCCCAGCAGGUCGUUCAAUGAACCUGGAUUUUUUAAAUUUGACGAGAAACCGGACACGAUGCAGCUUGAUAUUGGAAUUUAUGGAAUCCCAAAGAACCCCGAUGAUUACGAGCUUGUCAAAUCCAAUAAAAUAUAUGAACAGUUCUGCCUUCAAAAUAGAUGUUGGAAAGCUCUCUACGCAGAUACGUUUUUAAGCCGGGACGAAUUUUAUGAAAUGUUUGAUCCAACGAUGUAUAACAAGGUGCGGAAACAACUCAACUGUGAGAACGCUUUUCCCGACGUUUAUGAAAAAAUUUCGGCGAGAAUUUGA